CGAACCCCCAAAAAAUUCAAAUCCAAAAUUUCGGGAAUUUCCCACAUACAAGAUUCAAAAAUCAAGAACAAGAAGAAGGAUCCCCAAUUCCCCUCUCUGGGCAUGUUUAGAAAUGGAUUUCUUCGCGAUGAAAAGGAGACAACUUCAGGAGUUGUGCAAGCAGCACAAGAUUCGUGCCAACAUGAAGAACGUCGAAAUGGCCCAGGCCUUGACUCUACUUCUUCACAAGAAGAAUGAGGAAUCUGUGAGUGAUGUUGAGCCGGCUGAGGGACAGUUGGGAUUAAAUGAAAUGGCAAUUGAUUCGGUCACAAGUCCGAAAACUAAGAAAGUGAAGUUCAGUCCCGACAAUGAGACCUUUUACUUUGUGGCUACUGACAAGGACUCGGAUUCUGAUUGUGAUUACGGUCCGAAGAAGAAGCGGGGUGGAAGAGGAAGAAGGAAGUCUGUGGGGGAAGAAGGAAGUCGAAGUGGUGGAGAUUAA